UCAUCAGCGCUCACUACACUGCAAAGCAAGUAAGAGGAGUCAGCGACAAGUACAAAAGUCACUUUGAACGAGCAACGGCACCUGCUAUUGAGAGGUGAAAAAUGGCAGAGGACAUCCAAGCGAAGCUUGAAAAAUAUCGGACUGCUCCAUUUGACGCCCGUUUUCCGAACCAGAACCAAACCAGGAACUGCUGGCAGAAUUACUUAGAUUAUCAUCGCUGCCAAAAAGCUCUGGAGGCCAAAGGGGUUGACGUGGCUCCAUGUGACUGGUACAAACGUGUGUACAAAUCUCUCUGCCCCCUUUCCUGGCUGGAGAAAUGGGACGGCCAACGUGAAGACGGGACGUUUCCAGGGAAGAUCUGAUCGUUUCUGGAGAGACAAUCUGGUCACCAGGGAUGUUUAUCCCCUAGCCACAGGGCCUUAAAACUCUGUUCCAUACUGCACCUGUGGCAGAGUGUGUGAGAACACAGUCGAGUCAUUCCUGUAUAAACUGUUUUACUGCAGAUUCUGCAUUAAAGUCUCAGGACUUCAAAGGACA